GACAGUCCAACAAAAAAAAAAAAAGUAGUGAGGAGGAGAAAUUGUGAAAGCAGACAGUGCAGAUAAAUAGCAGGCGUUCACCUAAAACCCUAAACCCUCUCCUAAAUCGCGAGAGCAGCAGAAAUGGGGAAGAAGAAGAAGAGAGCCGAACGAGAAGCUGAAUCGGAACCUCUGAAUACAGAAAACCUCAAAAAGCAAAAUGAUGCCCAGCUCGCGAAUGGGGGUUCGCUGGAGGAGCAGAGGAAGAAAAAGAAGAAGAAAUCGAAAGAAAGCGUGUUAAAGAAAGAAAUAACCACAGUUUCCAUAGCAUUACCUGGCUCUAUCAUUGACAACACUCAAUCACUCGAACUCGCCACACGGUUGGCCGGCCAGAUUGCUCGUGCUUCCACCAUUUUUCGGAUAGAUGAGGUUGUUGUAUUUGACAACAAAGGUAGUUCAGUGGACGGUUCAGAUCCGACUAUGGAGGACGAGUCACAUGAUGAUGAAAGUGGUGCUGCAUUUCUUCUAAGGAUUUUGAAGUAUAUGGAGACACCUCAAUAUCUUCGGAAGAGUCUUUUCCCCAUGCAUAACAAUCUAAGAUUUGUGGGUUCAUUGCCGCCACUUGAUGCCCCACACCAUUUGCGGAAGCAUGAAUGGGCUCCCUAUCGAGAAGGUAGCAUCCUAAAGAAUACUCCUAUCAUUUGCAUGUGUGUUAUGACUUGCACACUAGCAGAAGAUCAAAGAACUAAAAGGACCUUGCACUCAGUCACUUAUUAAUUGUUAAUUUUCUUCUUUGCUAAACUCUCCUAUAAUGAAUGUGUUUCAAUAUUAUGCUUACAAACACAUUUUCCAUUCCAUAUCUUGCAACAACUUCGAAAUGUUGAUAGAAGAGAAUAGCAAAAUACAUCUU